AUGCGGCUGUCCACUUUGUGGCAUGCCUGCGGCCUGGCUGCUGUUGCUGCUCCUGCAGUAGCAGGUGUCCUUGACCCAGGCAUGACUGCCGUGUAUGACGUUUCGGCUUCCACGGUCAUCACUUCUUAUGUCCUUUCCCCUGUCUAUAUCACUUCUUAUGCGGCGACUGAUGGCCCUGACGGCUCCACCCCCGUGUCUACUGGCACCGGUGCUGCUGUCUCAACCACUUCUGCUUCGGUCUCGUCAAUUUCCGAUCCUCUUGGCUCUACUUCUUUGGUUUCUGUCCCUUCGGUCUCCGACUCUUAUGGUCCCAGCUCUUUGGUCUCUACCUCUACUGUUUUGAGCCCUAUUGUUACCACCUCUCUUGGGCCCACGACUUUUGUUACUGUACCUUCCACCACUUCUGCCUCGAACCCAGAUGUUCUCACUUCUCUGGGCUCGAGCGUUGUUACGUCCAGCUCUUCCGGUACUAGCUCUGUGUCCACCAGCUCGCUUGAUCCCAGCCCUGCUAUCCCCAACACUAGCACCGCUGUCCUUACCACCUCAAGCACCAGCAUUGUAUCCACUACUAGUGGUGAUAUUCCAACCACUAGCACGGAUGUUAUUUCGAGCUCUGACACCAGUACGGAGGCUAUGUCGACGACCUCUUCAUUGACUUCCUCUGUUCCGCCAGCGGAUCCUACUGUCACCCUACCGACUGUGCCUCCUUCUGACACCCUUUCAACUGAAGCUCCACCCUCCGCUACCCCUACACCAGGUAGCUCAUCUUCCGGUUCGGUCACAAGCACUGUCUCGAUAACUCAGUCUACGUCUACUGGUUCUUCUACUUCUUCGCCACUGGUUUCCGUCACUGAUGAGCAAUCGACUUCCGUGACUAGCCUCACCUCGAUUACCACAACUGAUGAAUCUGGGUUCUCAACUACUAUCGUCCAACCGACUACUACACCCGAUCUCACUACUACGGAACCGAUCCCUGACACUACAAGCGUGAUCCCUCCCCCUCAAACUACAAAGCCUCCUGGUCAGGAGGACGACGACGAGGAGAAUGAUGAUGAGGAGGACGAUGAGGAGGACGAUGAGGAGGACGAUGAAGACGAUGAGGAGAAUGAUGAGGAAGACGAUGAUGACCAGGAGAAUGAUGAUGAAGACGAUGAGGAGAAUGAUGAGGAAGACGAUGAUGACCAGGAGAAUGAUGAUGAAGACGAUGAUGAGGACAACCAUGACGAGGAGGACAACCAUGAUGAUGAGAACAAGGACGACGAAAACAAGGAUGACGAGCAUCAGGAUGACGAAAACAAGGAUGACGAAAACAAGGAUGACGAGAACCAGGAUGACGAGGAUGAAGACGAGAACGAGGAUGAGAAUGACAACACAUCUACCACAUCUACCCCCUCGGAAACUACCACCACGACAUCGUGUACCUCUGAGAUAACCGCAUUCUACGUCACUGUUCAGUGUGAGCCGACCUCGAUCACUAUCUCGGACUCUACGCUCUCGACCACGACUUGCAGCCCAUCCACGACGUUGACAACCACUGGGUGCUCCGUCACCGAUACUACUACGACCGUCACGAAGACUUCAUCUUGUACCGAAGAGACGGCGAAUCAAGUUACUGUCCUCUGUGAGCCGAUCUCGACUGUCUUGGGUAGCUCGACCAUCUCAACCACCACAUGCUACCCAACCACCACCAUUACAGCCACCGGAUGCUCCGUCACCGCCACUACUACCACUGUCACCAGCACCCCAACUCCUUAUCCACUAUGCAAGGCAGACUCUUGUGGCAAUUCAUGCCGCAGCGAGGGAAAGGGAGGAUAUGUGCCUAUCGCGACGCUUGACUGCAAAGUAAUCCCAACUACCACGUUGACUGCACUACCUGCUUCGAGCAUCGUUGUGGCCCAGACUCCUAUACCUGUUCGCCGCCGCGCAAAUGGCCCGGUGAAACGAGACGACGAUCCCUCCGACGACGAGCCCUCUGACGAGGAGCCCUCUGACGAGGAGCCCUUUGACGAGGAGCCUUCUGACCACGAGCCUUCCGACGACGAGCAUUCCGACGAUGGUGAUCUCUUAGGUCCUGUACCCCUGGACAAUGACAAUCCCGAAGACUUGUUGGCGGUGUACCGACUUCUCUCUGAAGCAAAUCCUUUCUCUGAUGAUUCUGUAGGAAAUAGAUGGGCUCCGGUUGAUCGCGGCACCGCAACGUGUGCUGAGUGGUGGCCAUUUGAUCCGUACGGCCAAAAGCUUGCGCGGAUGGCAGCCGGCAUGCGAGAUCUUGAAGGAUGCACCGCGGUGUUUAUUGUGUCGGUUAAGGGGGCGUACAUCGCGCAUAUUUGGGAAGACCCCGUCUUUGCAAAUAGCUACAAUCGCCAACUUUCAGACGUCUCUGAUUUUUUAAUGCUAUCGCUUGAACCUCUCCUGGGUCGGCUUAUGUUUAACACGGAUGGCAAUCAGUUCCCUUGGAUUCAACCACCGAUCCCGGAACUUAUUGGAACGUCAGACGCCCCAGGGCCACUUCACCCUUCGAAUAGCCCGAAGGUUUAUGUUAUUUCACCAUUUGACGCCAAUUACCUCGAAGAAGACCAGGAACCGCGGAUCCUAUAUGCGGAACGAGCUGCUUAUCUAGCUGAACAGCUCACUGGGUACUUGUAUGAAGGCUUAGUACCAGAAGGACUACACGGUGAAGUUCAUGGCUACGUCCGCGCAUUGGGACGCCAGUUAGACUCGAAUGAUGAUCACUUUGGAAAAAUCGUCCUCGAUGUCGCACCGUAUCACCGUUACGAACUGGUUGACCACCAGCACUACAAUCGAAUCGGUGCUUAUCGGCUGUGGAUACAAGGAGUUCAGGCUGCCCAUGUGGAGUAUUAUGCCCAAUACAACGCUCUUAUUCCUGUCCCCGGUCAAGUGCAACGACGAGAUGUCACACCCGAGGACGAGGAAAUAUGUCUAACUCCCUCUGGCACCAACCCACCAGGACAGCCCCCGGGAUUCACCCUGCCGCCCUCGCCAAAGGCCACAGGAGAAACACUCCCUCAGAAUGCGUCUCUCGUCAGCGAGAUCCAAUGCUACGAGCUACCCUUCUUUGUUCCAUCUAAGCCGGACAAGGGCAAGGUUGAGGAAGUUGCAGAAUAUUGCCGAGAUGGACGACAUGUCAGCGACCGCGAUACAGAGCUCGGUCCUCACGACCCACCUAUCGAGUACACCCUGGCUUCCGGCAACACACCCGAAACCGCUAAGCCGUACUAUGUUGUCCGGUUCGAAUGGGAAAAAGACUGUCAAGGGCCAGCCCAGAAUGUCCACCAUCCGAUGACCGGCCACAACUGCCACCAGCUCAUUGUGGACAUCUUCAAGAUGGAAACCUGCGAUACGUACAAUGGUUACGGUGGCUCUAUCGUCGUUGGAUGCAUUCGUUAUAGUGCUUGGUUGAAGGGUGAUGAGGAUAAAGACGGCGGAGACGCGAACUCUGGUGGCUCUUCGGCCCCUCCAGCUGAAGAAGGCAAAGUUGGAGAGACCCUCCCAUACGACAAGGGACGCAUCGGCGAGACGCUUAAGACGAUUGACACCACCCCAAUCCACGUUAAAGACGAUAGGCUCAUCGAUAUGCUUGUGGAGAAGUGCGAGAACGGCGGUAUCGGCAAAGAUGACAUGAGCCUUGGGCCAGACUCUGCGCUCGUGUACACAGUUAGUCUUUCUGAGGGCGCGACCGACUACUACAAGACUCACAUUUACUGGCAAGACAAGUGCGAAGGUCCGAAUCAGAACCCGGUGUACCCGAUGGAGAAGCUUUCCUGUAAGGACAUCACCAAAAAGAACUUCAAAAAGGAUUUCGUCGAACCGGGUGGCUACGGCAUUGGCGGAUCGACCCAGGUUGGAUGUCUAGUCUACGAUUCCUACAUGGCAGGCUACCCUAUGGGAGAGAUCGUGAGCUAA